AAAUAGUUAUCAAGUUUUUGCUAGCUCAUAUAAUCGAUUUGUACGGCUACUUCUCUUUGUUUACUUUCAUUGUGCAAAUUCAGAAAGGGUGUUAGUAAAAUAAUCGUUAAAAUGUUUUUCAAAAGCAUUUGGUCUGCGGAAGUGCGAAAGUAUUGAUUUUCCCGGGCAAAAUGUGAAAAAAUGAGUGGCCAAUCGAUCGAUUUUUGACAACGAAGUGGGAAAGUAGCGGUGUCUGGGUGUGUGUUGUUGUGUACUGGGCCCAACUAAAAAGAUAAACGCCUAUAUCAAAAGAGGAUCAUCGAAUAAAACCAGGAAGCUGUUUUACAUUCUCCGGCCAUGGAGCACACUUCAUCGUUGCCUGGCUAUGUUCGCGAGAAGCUCGCCGAACUGGAUUUGGAGCUCUCGGAAGGGGACAUUACACAGAAAGGCUACGAAAAGAAGAGGGCGAAGCUGUUGCAGCCGUUCCUUAAGAAGCAUGAAGGCGACAAGGUAAAGAGUACUCCGCCGCCGCCCUACUACAACGUCAAGGAUACCAACAAUAGCAACAGCCACGGAAACAUCAAUAACGACGGGGUCAUAGUGUCCAGCGAGGGCUAUAGCUAUGUGACCGAAGUGCCCUCCCUAUCUUCCUCACAGCAAAGACAUUCCAAAAAGAUCGACUUCCAUCAGCCAUUAACGCCUCAGGUCGGGCAUGCUAGCGCUCCCGGCUACGAGAAUAUGCGGCCACAGGGUGGAGCAGUUGGCGAUCCCGGAUAUCAAAAUACUCGCGAGCCCAGUGGUUUUCAGAAUCUACAGUCAACUAAUAAUAGUCAGCAUCGUCAACGACGCACACAGCGCAAAGUUACGCACAAUGAGAAACGCUAUCAUUCUGAAGUACGACAGGAGGCCGUUCAGCAGGCACUAGCAGCUCUUAAAGGUAGACCAAAACCCAGCCUUCCCAUGCCAUCAAAGCGCACAUCUGUCCUGAACAGAAGCCCUGGUUGCAAUGAUGAGCUGGACUCAUCGACGGAUGACGAAUCCAUACCCGAGGAAACCAUUUCCCCCGACAAGGAGUACAAUUAUCCACGGGAUCAUAUUAGCAACAGUAUUUUACCACCCGAACCAAUAAUUAAACCCCCAAUUCGUGAAUCAUCGAUGGGUUCCCAACAGCAUUCCAGGCCGGAUGCAAAACAGAACCAAAUGCCAAAUCAGAAGUAUACAUCGUCGAGUAGCGCUCCAGAAAGGCGGCCCCCUCAAAAUUUACCUCCACUGCCUACAUCGGACGCCUUAUGCACAGACGCGCCGCCAAUUGCAUACAAGCGCGAAAAUGACUUCUCUGACAAAGCGUUCAAGCAAAAGCAACUCAACGCUCCUGACAUCACACAAUUUAAUAAUGCACAUCGAGCUGCUGACCGAGUGACUCGAUAUGUUAACGUUACUCAAAAUGAACUAAACGAAGUAGAUGCCAAUGGCAAGUGGAAAGUGUCAGCUAAAAUACAGCAACUGCUUAACACUCUUAAAAGACCCAAGCGCCGUCCGCUGCCGGAAUUCUAUGAAGACAACGACAUCGAGCUGGAGAUUGCUGCCAACACAAAGGAUCCGAAUGCCCCCAAACCGGAGGGCAGCACAAUGACUCCUGUGCAAGGCGAGCAACUGUCUAUACCAGCAGGACUUCCGCGGACACUCGAGUGCGCACUUCAACGAUAUGGCACUAAUUCUUUUAAAAGUCCCAUGGCUACUGUCCUUGAUCCUAAUGGCAAAAUAACUACUACGUUGACUUAUGGCAAACUGCUUUCGCGCGCACAAAAGAUUGCGUAUGCUUUGUCCACGAAAAUCUUCAGCAAGGGACCUGAGCAAGUAACUCUUAAGCCAGGCGAUCGAGUUGCUUUGGUUUAUCCCAAUAAUGACCCCUUGAGUUUUAUUACAGCAUGGUAUGGUUGUAUGUUUCGGGGCUUGGUUCCCCUUCCAAUAGAGUUACCGCUCUCUAGCUCAGAUACACCUCCGCAGCAAGUGGGAUUUUUAUUGAGUUCUUGUGGCAUAACUGUGGCAUUAACCUCAGAGGCAUGCUUAAAAGGUCUCCCCAAAUCAUCCACUACAGGGGAAAUCGCCAAAUUAAAGGGUUGGCCUCGUUUGCAGUGGUUUGUAACUGAGCAUUUACCUAAGCCGCCAAAGGAAUUCAAUGUGGGCAAUCUACGAGUUGACGACUCUGCUGCAGCUUAUAUAGAAUACACGACUGAUAAGGAAGGCAGUGUUAUGGGUGUCACUGUUACCCGUGCAGCCAUGAUCAAUCAUUGCCGUGCUUUGACUAUGGCGUGCCACUACACGGAAGGCGAAACCAUUGUGUGUGUCUUGGAUUUCAAGCGUGAAGUGGGAUUAUGGCAUUCAGUUUUGACUUCCGUUUUGAAUGGUAUGCAUGUUAUUUUCAUACCCUAUGCCUUGAUGAAGUUGCGUCCAUCCAGCUGGAUGCAAUUAAUAACAAAACACCGGGCCUCCUGCUGCUUGGUUAAAAGUCGUGAUCUACACUGGGGCUUACUAGCUACUAAAGACCACAAGGACAUAUCGCUCUCUUCUCUGCGAAUGUUGCUAGUAGCCGAUGGAGCCAAUCCUUGGUCACUUUCAUCUUGUGACCAGUUCUUGAGUGUUUUUCAAGCAAAAGGACUACGCUCAGAUGCGAUUUGUCCAUGUGCUAGUAGCUCUGAAGUAUUUACUGUCUCACUUCGUCGACCUGGACGUGGAUCCUGUGGAUUUAGUCCAUCAGCUACAGGACGGGGUGUGCUUUCCAUGGCAGCUCUUUCACAUGGAGUAGUGAGAGUGGACAGUGAAGACUCGUUAACGUCACUAACUUUACAGGAUUGUGGUCAAGUUAUGCCUGCAGCGCAAAUGGUAGUCGUGCGCUCGGAAGGAUCUCCAGUGCUAUGCAAAACUGAUCAAGUCGGUGAAAUAUGUGUCACUAGUGGUUCCACAAGUGCCAGCUACUUUGGUCUCGAUGGAAUGACGAACUCCACUUUUAAAGUUCAACCACUUUUGGAAGAAUUCGAGCAACCAAAAGAUGGAAAUGGUACGGUAAACAUUAUUUCCAAACCUAUUGGAGAAGACUUUUACGUGAGGUCCGGUCUUCUGGGCUUCCUUGGUCCUGGAGGCUUGGUCUUUGUCUGCGGGUCCCGCGACGGUCUAAUGACGGUUACCGGUCGAAAACACAAUGCGGAUGACAUAAUUGCCACAGUACUAGCAGUGGAACCAAUGCGGUUCAUUUACCGCGGACGCAUAGCUGUAUUUAGCAUUAAAGUAUUGCGUGACGAACGCGUGUGUGUUAUUGCUGAACAACGUCCCGACUGCUCUGAGGAAGAAAGUUUCCAAUGGAUGUCGCGCGUUCUGCAGGCAGUAGACUCCAUUCAUCAGGUUGGCAUUUACUGCCUGGCAUUGGUUCCACCAAAUCAUUUGCCCAAGACUCCCCUCGGGGGCAUUCAUUUAUGUGAGGCAAGACGACGAUUUUUGGAAGGAUCCCUUCACCCAGCAAAUGUUUUGAUGUGCCCACACACAUGUGUCACCAAUCUACCAAAGCCACGAGAAUUGCAUCAAGGUGUGCAAACUGCCGCAAAAUUAAGCUCUUCAUCUGGAUGUGGUAUUACAGACACGGGUGUAGGACCAGCCUCUGUGAUGGUUGGAAAUUUAGUGCAGGGCAAUCGCCUCGCUGAAGCCCAUGGACGGGAUGUUGGAUUGGCCGAAGAUUGUGAGCGCAAGCCACAACUUAUAACUGGAGUGUUGCGUUGGCGAGCAGGAACCUCUCCAGAUCACAUAAUAUUCACAUUGCUGAAUUCUAAGGGUGCCAUUGCAAAAACUCUGACAUGCUCUGAGUUACACAAGCGGGCAGAGAAAAUAGCGGCAUUGUUACAAGAACGCGGAAGAAUAGAGCCUGGCGAUCAUGUUGCGCUUAUAUUUCCUCCAGGACUUGAUUUGUUGUGCGCAUUUUACGGAUGCCUCUAUUUGGGUGCAAUACCAAUUACCAUACGGCCUCCACAUCCACAAAAUUUAAAUACCACAUUACCCACUGUCCGCAUGAUUGUUGAUGUUUCAAAAAGUGGCAUUGUGCUCUCUAUUCAACCUAUAAUUAAGUUACUAAAAUCCAGAGAGGCGGCAACCUCUAUUGACCCAAAGACAUGGCCACCUAUAUUAGACAUUGACGACAACCCAAAACGCAAAUAUGCCGGCAUAGCUACGGUCUCCUUCGAUUCUAGCGCCUAUUUGGAUUUCAGCGUGUCAACUUGUGGCCGUCUUAGCGGUGUUAACAUAACGCAUCGAUCUCUCUCUAGUCUUUGCGCCAGUUUAAAAUUGGCUUGUGAGCUGUAUCCUUCUCGUCAUGUUGCGUUAUGUUUGGAUCCCUAUUGCGGCCUUGGUUUUGUAAUGUGGACUCUUAUCGGAGUAUACAGUGGCCACCAUUCAAUUCUUAUCGCACCCUACGAAGUUGAAACGAAUCCCAGUUUGUGGCUGUCAACUCUCUCGCAACAUCGUGUUCGCGACACCUUCUGCUCAUAUGGCGUUAUAGAAUUAUGCACGAAAGCUCUUAGCAAUUCUAUACCCUCCUUAAAGCAACGAAACAUUGACUUGCGUUGCGUGAGGACGUGUGUUGUAGUUGCGGAGGAGCGCCCAAGAGUGCAGCUGACCCAGCAGUUUUGUAAGCUGUUCCAAGCCCUUGGCUUAAAUACUCGCUGUGUCUCCACUUCAUUUGGAUGUCGUGUGAAUCCGGCCAUUUGUGUCCAAGGAGCUAGUUCUGCAGAGAGUGCUCAGGUUUACGUAGAUAUGAGAGCCUUGCGAAAUAACCGAGUGGCUUUGGUGGAGCGCGGGGCGCCAAAUUCGCUAUGUGUAAUAGAAUCAGGAAAGCUUUUACCAGGAGUAAAAGUGAUUAUUGCAAAUCCGGAUACCAAGGGCCACUGUGGCGACUCGCAUUUGGGAGAAAUUUGGGUUCAAGCUCCUCACAAUGCGAAUGGAUACUUUACUAUUUAUGGCGAUGAAACUGACUACAAUGAUCACUUCAACGCAAAAUUAGUAACUGGGGCCACCUCUGAAUUAUAUGCACGUACUGGAUAUUUGGGAUUUCUACGACGCACCGAGUGUUCUCAGGCAGCCUCAUUACUAGACGAGACCACACCAAGUGUGGCUAGUCGUGAUAGUGAUACGGAGUCGGUGAAUUCCAUGAGCCAAUUGCAAUUAAAUUUUUCAAAUGUUUCCUUGGGUGCCAGUUCUGAGCAUAGCCUAAUAGGCGGGGCAGGCAAUUCGAAUGACCAAGAACUACACGACGCGGUGUAUGUAGUUGGAGCUGUCGAUGAAGUGAUCUCCUUACGUGGCAUGAACUAUCAUCCGAUAGAUAUCGAAAAUUCUGUAAUGCGCUGUCACAAAAAAAUAGCUGAGUGUGCCGUUUUCACAUGGACUAAUUUAUUAGUCGUAGUUGUUGAACUAGACGGCAAUGAAUCAGAAGCUUUGGAUUUGGUUCCGUUGGUAACAAACACAGUAUUAGAAGAUCAUCAGCUUAUAGUGGGCGUUGUUGUAGUUGUCGAUCCAGGUGUGGUGCCUAUUAAUAGUCGGGGCGAAAAGCAACGGAUGCAUUUACGGGAUGGCUUUUUGGCCGACCAAUUGGAUCCCAUAUACGUAGCAUAUAACAUGUAAAUACACAUUUAUUCUUAUGAUGAAAUCGCCACUACGCAGUGAGAAAACGUAAGCAUGCGUUUUCUUCGUAUCUUAUUUAAAAACAAUCGCAACCCAUUAAAAAAUAUGAAAUGGCUCAUUUUGGUUUGGACCACCACAUUAUUACGCAUUUCCUUUUAGAGUACUAGCAUAGAUGGUAAAACUUUCUUAAAAUAAUUGAACUAUUUAACUUUAUACGACCAUAUUAGUGACAACAAAAACAUUUAAUAUUUAUACAUAAGUCUGAAUAAACAACAAUUUACAUAA